CGCGUAUUGUGCUCGCCAGGAAGUUCCAAGUCGCUUUAUUGUAUUUCAAAGUUCGCCAGUGCUAGUAUCAAGCUGCAGGCACUUCGGAGACGCAGGGGCCACAACGUUCAACAAUUGAUCAAGCAAUAUAUUUGCGAGCUAUUCAUUCGGAUACGACCAUCCUGCAUACUGCCGAAUAAUCAAACAUGAUGAUGCGACCCAGCUGAACAAGCCAACAGCCUUGAGUAAGGAAGAUCUUGUCUUGGUUGAGCGCCACGGAAACUCUCUGUAGCCGUGCCCGUUCCCAGUCAUGGCUUGGACGCUUGUAACGCCUUCGUCAAGAGGCAUUGGUUUCGCAUUGACGCGGCAUCUUCUUCGAACCUUACCUCCGAGCAUACCGAUCGUGGCAACAGCACGAUCCGAUCUACCAGGGACGAGGGAGAAACUACUGUCAUCUUUGAACAUAUCAGACUCGCAAGCAUCACGACUUGAUGUGCAAGAAUGUGAUGUACUCUCCGAGUCAUCCGUCUCGAAUCUCGCCGGAUGCUGCAAGGAGCGAUAUAGUGACAGCAGGAGGGACAAAGGAGCACAUUUGCGCUUGGGAUUCAUGAUCCCUGGAAUGUUGGUCCCGGAAAAGGCCCCGGACAAGGUCGAGUACCAGUCCGCUCUGCAGACACUGGAACUGAACCUACUUGCACCGAUGAUGCUGGUGAAGCAUUUCUCUGCCUUCGUUCCGCGCAAAUCGACCAAGCUGGAGCAUAUAGAUGGUCUACCUGACUCGUCAGUGCUGGCAUUGAUGAGCGCGAGAGUAGGGUCGAUUGGCGACAAUCGGUUGGGCGGAUGGUACAGUUAUCGAUGUUCCAAAGCCGGUGUCAACCAGCUCGCGAAGUCGACGGAUAUUUACCUGAAAAUGCAGAGCGGCAAGAAUGCAAUGUGCGUGGCUCUGCAUCCUGGCACGGUGAGGACUGGUCUGAGUGAGGAAUUCUGGGAAAGCACCCCGCAAGACAAGCUGUUCCGUCCGGAAUUCAGUGCAGAAAGAUUGAUAGAUGUCGUAGGGAGCUUGAGUGACGAUAACCGUGGGAAGUGUUGGGAUUGGGACGGCAAAGAAAUUCCUCCAUGA